AUGAAUUAUGAUUAUUACAUGCAAAGGGAUAGAUCUUCACAAAGAUUCUGCCUUUGUCUCUCAAGUAUUUGGAGAUCCCCACCAUUCAUAGUGGCUAUACUUGGAGAUGAAUUUAAGUUGUUGAGCAAGUAUGAAUGUAUUGAUUCGAUGAGUCCUAAUUAUUUUAGUGAAUUACCAAAUUGUGAGCUUCUUGGUCAAUGCCACAGCUUCAUAAAUUUCUCUUCUUCCUCUUCUUCCAAUGGUCGAGACGGUGGUCGUAGCAAUGACGACAACGACGAUGACGACGAAGAUGUGGCGAAUUGCCUCAUCCUUCUUGCUCAAGGCUUACCAGCUAAUUCUCAACCCUCUUCUUCCUUGGGAAAAUUCUUCAGAGACCCAGAAGGGCAAAAUGGUGCCAGCAAGGCAGCGGAUUGUUGUGCAUACGAGUGCAAAACCUGCCACCGAACAUUCCCAUCAUUUCAAGCCUUAGGUGGCCAUCGGUCCAGCCACAAGAACGCCGCCAUGGCCGCCGCCGACAACCAUAAACCGAUCUCCGGCACAGCGUCGACCUAUAAACAGCAGCAACAACGAUUGAACAACAACGAUUCGAACCGAUUCGAUCAGCUUCGUAUGAGCCGAAGCGAUUAUUACAACAAGCUCAAAUUGGUGAAUCAUAGAAUCAAGGUCCACGAGUGCUCCGUUUGUGGGGCGGAGUUCAUUUCCGGCCAAGCCCUCGGCGGCCACAUGAGACGCCACCGCCGUGGCUGCGGCGGAGCUUCGAGAGAUUCCAGUGAAAUUGAGCGUCGUUGUCCUAAAAAGCAGAGAAGUAAUUUGUUGCGUUUGGAUUUGGAUCUCAACUUUCCGGCACCUGAAGAUGAUAAAAGAGAUAAAUCGGGUGUUGUUGCAAUGGCUGCCACCAAUUUGGUGGACUGCCAUUACUGAGAACUUUGAGCUUUUUGGAGAAAAAUUUGGGUUCUCCAUUCUAUCAAUCCAAAUAUAGUUCAAUAAAAUAUUGUCAUGUGAUAUUUUUAUUUAUUUAAAAUAAUAUUAUUUUUUUGAAAAAUAUAUGUAUUUUUUUAAUUUCUUGUUUGUAGGAUAGAGAUAUGGAGA